AUGAAUCAGAGGUUCGCUGAACCAGUGGACGUGCUUAAAGUAUUAGACUUUCACAAUUCCCCAGAAGGAGUUAGGAAAACUUCAGGAUUUUGCACAAACCGAAGAGCAUCUAAGCCAGACACAGCCUACAGAGUUGGAAAGCAAGCCCAGAUCAGUGCCCCCACCAAGCAGCUUUUCCCAGGAGGUGAGUUCCCUGAAGACUUCUCCAUCCUGACCACCCUCAGGCCCAAGGCCGGCCUCCAGUCCUUCCUGCUGUCUGUCUACAGUGAGCAGGGUGUGCAGCAACUGGGAGUGGAGGUGGGACGCUCACCUAUCUUCCUGUAUGAGGACCAGAGUGGUAGACCCGCACCUGAGGGCUACCCGCUGUUCCGCUCUCUCAACCUGGCCGACGGAAAGUGGCAUCGUGUGGCCAUCAGUGUGGAGAAGAAGACGGUCACCGUCAUCGUGGACUGUAAACAGAAGAUCACCAAACCCCUCCUCAGGGGUGACCGUGCCUCUGUCAACACCGACGGGAUCACCGUGUUCGGAACCAGGAUCCUUGACGAAGACGUCUUCCAGGGUGACAUCCAGCAGCUGCUGAUUGUGUCCGAUCCUACAGCAGCUUAUGACUACUGUGAACACUACAGCCCCGACUGUGAAACUCCCCACGGCCACUCCUUACAGGCCCAGCAGCCUAAAGAUCAGUACACUACUACCGAUGACUUAGAUUACAGUGAGUUUUAUGAUUAUUCUGAAGUAGAAGGAGAGACAGAGACUGUUCCAACAGACGAGUAUGAGGCGGGUAGUGACCCACAGGAGCCCCCCGCCGCCCCCGAGGCUGGCCUGGACAGUGUGGACCCCGGAGUGGACGAGUAUGACUUUAAGGAGUAUGACCUAGGGGGCGAGUUGGACAAUAAGCAGUAUGAGUACGGGGUGUAUGAUGAGAAUGGCAAUGAGCUACCUAACCCCACUGGUACCGCCGAAGAAGAGGUGGGGCUGGGGGUUCCCGCGGAAACGGAGGAACUCGCCCAGACUGCCGUGGCUGGUGUUGGGGAGAAAGGCGAGAAGGGCGAACCCGCUGUGAUUGAACCUGGCAUGCUGAUUGAAGGCCCUCCUGGACCUGCAGGCCCAGCUGGUCUCCCGGGCCCCCUGGGUCUACAUGGACCCCCUGGUGUCGCUGGAGAUCCGGGUGACAGGGGUCCCGCAGGGCGGGCUGGUCUUGCAGGAGCCGACGGUUUGCCAGGUCCUCCUGGUACCAUGCUGGUGCUGCCAUUCCGUUUCGGAGGGGAUGGAGAGAAGGGUCCUGUGGUGUCUGCUCAAGAGGCCCAGGCACAGGCUAUUCUCUCCCAGGCCAGACUCGCCAUGAGAGGUCCCUCAGGUCCAAUGGGUCUCACAGGGAGAUCAGGUCCAGUGGGAGUUCCUGGUUCUUCUGGACUUAAAGGUGAUGCCGGAGACCCUGGUCCUCAGGGCUCCAGGGGAGUCCAAGGGUCUGCGGGACAAAUGGGCAAAUCUGGUAAGAGGGGUCGUGGUGGAGCAGUUGGCGCCCGAGGAAUGCCUGGAGAGUCGGGGUCUAAGGGAGACGGAGGCUUCGAUGGCCUGCCCGGCCUACCUGGUGCCAAGGGACACAGGGGGGAGACAGGAUCAAUUGGACCUCCUGGAGCCCCUGGAGAGGACGGACAAAGAGGCGAGGAUGGAGAGAUCGGGCCAAGGGGAUUGGCUGGAGAGAGCGGUCCUAGAGGAGUGCUUGGGCCAAACGGUCCACCUGGGCCCACUGGACAGCCUGGUGUAGCUGGAGUGGACGGUCCUCACGGUCCCAAAGGAAACAUGGGACCUCAAGGAGAGCCAGGACCACCAGGUCAGCAGGGGAUCCCAGGAACACAAGGACUUCCUGGUCCUCAAGGUCCCAUCGGACCACCCGGUGAAAGAGGGCCUCACGGCAGGUCGGGGUUGGCCGGUGUACCUGGAUCAGAUGGGCCUCCUGGCCAUCCUGGUAAAGAAGGUCCAACUGGUGAGAAGGGAGCUUUAGGCCAGGCAGGUCCCCAAGGUCCUAUUGGUUAUCCCGGUCAUCGUGGUGUCAAGGGUGCCGAUGGCGUUCGUGGACUGAAGGGUGGAAAGGGAGAGAAGGGUGAGGACGGUUUCCCUGGUUUCAAGGGUGACAUGGGUCUCAAAGGUGACAGGGGUGAGCUUGGUGUGCUUGGGCCCCGUGGUGAGGAAGGACCCGAGGGUCCCAAGGGAAGAGCAGGCCCCAACGGAGAGUCUGGCUCCAUGGGGGGUGCUGGAGAGAAGGGAAAACUGGGUGUUCCAGGGUUACCCGGCUACCCAGGAAGACAAGGACCAAAGGGUUCCAGCGGCUUCCCAGGCUUCCCAGGGGCCAACGGAGAGAAAGGAGCCAGGGGCGUGGCGGGCAAAACCGGUCCAAGGGGACAAAGAGGUCCAACGGGUCCACGAGGUGGUCGGGGUGCUAGAGGUUCAACAGGCAAGCCAGGCCCUAAGGGCACCGCGGGCAACGAUGGGCCACCUGGCCCGCCUGGCGAGAGAGGACCUCAAGGACCCCAGGGCCCCGUCGGUUUCUCAGGACCAAAGGGCCCCACAGGACCACCUGGAAAGGACGGGCUGCCUGGCCACCCUGGUCAGAGAGGAUCGAUGGGAUUCCAAGGAAAGACAGGUCCACCUGGCCCAGGAGGAGUUGUUGGUCCUCAGGGCCCCACAGGCGAGACUGGUCCAAUCGGUGAGAGAGGUCACCCUGGAUCCCCAGGACCACCUGGAGAGCAGGGUCUUCCUGGCUCUGCUGGCAAAGAGGGAGCCAAGGGAGACCCCGGGCCAGGAGCCUCCGGUAAGGACGGUCCGGCUGGUCUACGAGGAUUCCCAGGAGAGAGAGGUCUGCCCGGCGCGUCGGGUCCAGCUGGUUUGAAGGGAGGAGAAGGACCUCAGGGUCCAUCAGGCCCCGUGGGCUCCCCUGGUGAGAGAGGUGGUGCUGGACCUGCUGGCCCAAUCGGUCUGUCUGGUAGAACUGGCUCUCAGGGGCCCCCAGGGCCUGCUGGAGAGAAGGGAGGGCCUGGUGAGAAAGGUCCCCAGGGACCAUCUGGUCGUGACGGAGUCCAAGGCCCAGUGGGUCUGCCUGGCCCUGCCGGACCUCAGGGUCCACCCGGAGAGGACGGUGACAAGGGAGAGGUUGGAGAGCCAGGUCAGAAGGGAAGCAAAGCAGACAAGGGGGAACAGGGUCCUCCCGGUCCAGCUGGUCUCCAGGGUACCAUCGGUGCUCCUGGACCUGCAGGAGGUGAUGGAGAGCCCGGUCCCAGGGGUCAGCAGGGGACGUUCGGACAGAAGGGAGACGAAGGAUCCAGAGGUUUCCCCGGGCCCCCUGGUCCCAUCGGUCUGCAGGGUCUUCCUGGACCUCCAGGCGAGAAGGGGGAGAAUGGCGACGUCGGUCCGAUGGGUCCUCCCGGUCCCCCUGGUCCCAGAGGUGCCCAGGGUCCUAGUGGAGCUGAUGGUGCACAAGGUCCUCCCGGUGGUGUGGGUGCUAUGGGAGGCGUGGGUGAGAAGGGUGAAAACGGUGAAACUGGCAACCCUGGAACCCCUGGAGAGCCCGGUACUGGAGGACCUGAAGGCGAGAGAGGAGACAAAGGAGAGGCAGGACCACCUGGAGCUUCCGGACCCGCAGGCGCCAAAGGACCCCCUGGAGAUGAUGGACCCAAGGGAAAUCCAGGUCCGGUUGGUUUCCCUGGAGAUCCUGGUCCACCGGGUGAAGCUGGUGUUGCUGGAACUGAUGGCUCUGCAGGAGAGAAAGGAGAGGAUGGUGAAUCUGGUCAAACUGGUCCCCCUGGUCCAUCUGGUGAAUCUGGUCCGCCUGGUCCUCCCGGCAAAAGAGGCCCCCCAGGAUCUGCCGGUACAGAGGGUAGACAAGGAGAGAAGGGCACCAAGGGUGAGUCUGGAGCCGAGGGACCCCCAGGUAAAGCUGGCCCAGUCGGCCCCCAGGGGCCCUCGGGAAAGACCGGUCCAGAAGGUCUGCGUGGAAUCCCUGGCCCCGUUGGUGAUCAAGGACUUCCUGGUUCUUCUGGACAAGACGGCCCACCUGGACCUAUGGGACCCCCUGGUCUCCCAGGUCUGAAGGGUGACCCCGGCACCAAGGGUGACAAGGGUCAUCCAGGUCUGAUCGGUCUGAUUGGACCCCCUGGCGAGCAGGGAGAGAAGGGAGACAGAGGCCUGCCUGGACCCCAGGGUUCUCACGGAGGCAAGGGCGACGGUGGUAUCAGUGGAGCUUCAGGUCCUCUCGGUCCCCCUGGUCCUCCUGGCCUGCCUGGCCCUGGAGGUCCUAAAGGAGCUAAGGGUUCAUCGGGUCCUGCUGGUCAGAAGGGAGACACCGGUACGAUCGGUUCACCUGGUCCUCCUGGUCCCUCUGGUGAGGUGAUCCAGCCACUGCCCAUCCAGUCGCCCAAGAAGAACCGCAGACACGCAGACAUGCAGGCGGACACGGCGGGUACCAUGAUGGACUACGGAGAGGGCAUGGAGGACAUAUUUGGUUCGCUCAACAACCUCAAACAGGACAUGGAGAGGAUGAAGUACCCAAUGGGCACACAGAACAACCCAGCCAGGACCUGCAAAGACCUGCAGCUCGCCCACCCAGAGUUCACCAACGGCGAGUACUGGAUAGAUCCUAACCAGGGAUGUUCAGGGGACUCGUUCUCUGUCCACUGUAACUUCACGGCUGGAGGAGAGACCUGCAUCUACCCAGAUAAGGAGUUCAGUGGAGUCAGAAUAUCGUCAUGGCCCAAAGAACUUCCAGGGUCGUGGUUCAGUGAAUUUGAGCAUGGUGCAAUAUUUUCAUACGUUGACGCAGCCGGUAACACAAUAAGUGAAGUUCAGAUGACCUUCCUGAAACUACUGACGGCCUCUGCCAGGCAGAACUUCACCUAUAGCUGCCACCAGUCUGUGGUGUGGCACGACGAGACCACCGACAGCUACGACAAGGCGCUGAGAUUCCUGGGAUCCAACGAUGAGGAGAUGUCCUACGACAGCAACCCUUACGUCAGGGCCCUCAUAGACGGAUGCGCGUCGAGGAAGGGCUACGGAAAGACUGUGAUGGAGAUUAAUACUCCCAAGAUCGAUCAGGUUCCCAUCAUUGAUGUCAUGUUGAAUGACUUUGGAGAUGCCAGCCAGAAGUUUGGAUUUGAAGUGGGUCCAGUCUGCUUCCUUGGCUAACAACCAGCCCCCCCAACCCAGACCAGCAACCAAACUUACGUGUUUCCAUACCACCUAACCCCAGUACCCAGCCCCCUCACCUGUUUCCAUAUCACCUAACCCCAGUACCCAGCCCCCUCACCUGUUUCCAUAUCACCUAACCCCAGUACCCAGCCCCUCACCUGUUUCCAUACCACCUAACCUGGGUACCCAGCCCCCUCACCUGUUUCCAUACCACCUAACCCCAGUACCCAGCCCCCUCACCUGUUUCCAUUCCACCUAACCUGGGUACCCAGCCCCCUCACCUGUUUCCAUAUCAC